GUCACAGGUUGAGGUCACUGUCUGAAUGACAUUUGGGCCUCACAUGUUCCUGAUUUGCGAAUCCAUGAUUUUGGGAAUUAACAUAAAAGUACAAAGGAUUUAAAGUUUAUUUACUGAAUAACUGCAACAAUGUCUGACGUGCCAGAUCUUAGUAGCGACGAAGACAAUUUUGAGGACGAUGAAUGGCAAGAAAUGGAAACAAACGAUACAACGGUAACAUGCUUAUUUUGUCCGAACGUUUUAUCAAAUAUCGAGGAAGGGAUUUCCCAUUGCAAGUCCGUCCAUAAGUUUGAUUUGAAUGAAUUGAAGUUAAAGUUUAAUAUGGACUGCUAUUCAUACAUAAAGUUGAUAAAUUACAUAAAAACACACAAGCCUAAACCGGAGGUUAUAACAAACCUUAACAAGGUGUUAUGGGAUGACGAGAAGUAUUUACAGCCUGUAGAGCAGGACGAGUGGCUCAUGUACGACUUCGACGCCCUUACUGACAAGCCAAGCUCACCAAAAACUUACCAUGCUAAUGUGGAAAAUGGCUUGGUUACCCUGUCAGAGGCACACUUCACUGAACUACAAAGGACAAUACAGUUUUUAACACAACAACUUACUGAGAGUGCAACGCUAUUGAAGAAUGCAAAGGAGGACAUAAAGCAAAUGCAGGAGUCAAUGCAGAACUUAGUAGAAGGUGGUCAAUUACAGAAAAAUAAUGAUGAAACUCCAGCUGCUGUUAACUGUGUAGCUAGCGUGCCUUUAGAGAUGGAUGACGGCUACUUUAGUACCUAUGCACAUUUUGGAAUCCAUUAUGACAUGCUCUCGGACAAAGUCCGCACAGAAACUUACAGGGAUGCUAUACUGAAUAACAAGGAAACUCUGAAGGGCAAAGUUGUCUUAGAUCUUGGAUGCGGUACAGGUAUACUAUCAAUGUUUUGUGCUACAGCUGGAGCCAAGACUGUUUAUGCAUUAGACCAGUCAGAAAUUAUUUACCAUGCUAUGGAUAUUGUGAGGGAAAAUAACUUACAAGAUGUAAUAAAAUUAGUCAAAGGUAGACUUGAAGAUACCAAGUUAACUGAAAAGGUUGAUAUUAUUGUAUCUGAGUGGAUGGGAUACUUCUUGCUGUUUGAAGGAAUGUUAGACAGUGUUAUUUAUGCAAGGGAUCAUUACCUCAAACCUGGUGGAUUGCUGUUACCCAACAGGUGCAAUAUUAGCCUUGUAGCUAAUGGUGAUGUAGACACGCACAAGAAGUUAAUUGAAUAUUGGUCAGACGUCUACGGGUACAAAAUGAACUGCAUGAAAUCAGAAGUAGUGCGAGAAGCAAGUAUUGAUAUAGUUGGAUCUAAACACAUAAUAUCUGAACCUUGUGUAGUCAAAGAAAUAGACAUUAACACAUGCAAAACUGAUGUAAUGGACUUCACAGCUGAUUUUAAACUGCCAAUUACAAAGGAUGGUGCAUUGACAUCAAUUGUUGGUUACUUUGAUACUUUCUUCGGUCUACCAAAUGCUAUAGAGUUUUCAACUGGCCCUCACAAGACUCCAACACAUUGGAAGCAGACAGUUUUUUAUUUCAGAGACUGUAAGCAGGUCAAACAAGGAGAUGUUGUUGAGGGUACAAUAAUUUGUAAUAGACAGAAAUCUGAUGUCCGAGGCUUAUCAAUUCAGCUCAAUAUAUUUGGCAAGAGCCACAAAUAUAUCCUAAGUUAAUUUAGUUGUGAUACAGUAAAAUAAGUCUAAUUGCAUUUUGAUAGUGUCAAUGUUUAUACAAUAUUCUUUACUGCUUCAUGUGCCUUUAUUGAUAAGUUAAUUGCAAAUAUGAUUUGCACUGUGCAGAAGUGUGCUAUACUAAGUAUAAUAAUGUUCAUAUAUAGCUAAGAGAUAGCAUUAAAUAUGGCAGAAUAAUAAAUGAAUGUCAUUUGUAUUCUUUUGUUUUAUCAUCUAUUUUUAGGAAACUGAGAUACUCACCAGCGAGUCAGUGUGUUCAUCAUUUUAUCAUUCACAUAGAUUAUAUCAACCAACUCACUGAAUUUAAGUCAUGUCUAGAUAUUUAGUUCUGCACAUUAUUAAGACAGCUAGUACCUAUGUUUAUCAAUAAACUAAGCUGGUUGUGGCCUCUCUACUUUAUUACAGUGCUUUUAUAAUAUUUUUAUAAGUUAAAUUAAAGUUAUAUAGAUCAGAUUAUUUUCUUGUUUUUGUUUCAAUAUGAUAAUACUGAUGAUUCAAUCAAGGCUUAAAAUGUAUAAUCUAAAAAAUAUGUUAUUCUACCAUAGACUAGACCUAUAUAAACUGCUUUGGAUACUUGUAUGGAAUACUUUUAAAUGCCUAUGCGUAAGCACAGAUUAACUUGGCUUAUUUUUUUCUGUUUCUUAGGUAUAUAAGAACAUCAUGACUCUCAUGCCUCAUGUAAUAGUAAUUAAUUAAUAAUUUAAGGGUAUUAAAGUAAACAUUUCGUCUACGAAAA